UAAACUAAAUUCUAGUUUUGAGAGAUGAAGAAAAUUUGUACUACACUUUGGUUACAAUUUUUUGUUGUAAUUAUAGUUGCUAAGAGAAUACCAACAACAUUGGAUGGACCAUUUAAGCCACUAACUCAUAGAUUUGAUCCUUUAUUGCAUAAAGGAAGUGAUGAUUUGCCAAUGGAUCAUCCAAGGCUUAAGAGGAAUGUAACUUCAUUUUUUCCAGAACAAAUUGCUCUUGCUUUGUCAACUUCUUCAUCUUCAAUGUGGAUUUCUUGGAUCACUGGUGAAGCUCAGAUUGGUCUAAAUGUGACUCCACACGAUCCGAAAACAGUGGCAAGUGAGGUAUGGUAUGGGAAGGAAAGUGGGAAGUACACAGUGAAGCAAAAUGGAGCUUCCGUCGUUUAUAGUCAAUUGUAUCCAUUUGAAGGACUAUGGAACUACACUUCUGGCAUCAUUCAUCAUGUGAAGAUUGAUGGUCUUGAACCUGAAACAAAGUAUUACUACAAGUGUGGUGAUAGUUCUUUAGCAGCAAUGAGUGAUGAACUUGAAUUUGAGACCUUUCCAUUGCCUGCACCUAACAAGUAUCCACGACGAAUAGCAGUUGUUGGUGACUUAGGUCUUACAAGCAAUACAACCACAACAAUUGAUCAUCUCAUAAUGAAUGAUCCUUCCAUGAUAUUGAUGGUUGGAGAUUUAACUUACGCGAAUCAAUACCUUACCACUGGUGGUAAAGGAGCUUCAUGCUAUUCUUGUCAGUUUCCAGAUGCACCAAUAAGAGAAACAUUUCAACCUCGAUGGGAUGGAUGGGGAAGGUUUAUGGAGCCGUUAAUCUCAAGAGUUCCAAUGAUGGUUAUCGAAGGAAACCAUGAGAUCGAACCUCAAGCAGCAGGGCUCACAUUCCAAUCGUAUUUGACAAGAUAUUCUGUUCCUUCAAAGGAAUCUGGCUCUAAUAGUAACCUUUACUACUCUUUUAAUGCCGGAGGAAUCCAUUUCAUCAUGCUAGGAGCCUACGUUGACUAUAAUCAGACGAGUGCUCAGUAUUCUUGGCUUCAGCAUGAUCUGGAAAAAGUAGAUCGUGGCGUGACUCCUUGGCUGGUGGCUGCAUGGCAUUCUCCUUGGUACAAUAGCUAUUCAUCGCACUACCAAGAAUUUGAGUGCAUGAGGCAGGAAAUGGAAGAAAUGCUAUAUACAUAUCGCGUUGAUAUAGUUUUCUCCGGUCAUGUACAUGCAUAUGAGCGAAUGAAUCGAGUCUACAACUAUACUUUGGAUCCAUGUGGUCCUGUUUACAUAACAGUCGGAGAUGGUGGUAAUAUUGAGAAAGUCGACGCUGAUCAUGCAGAUGAUCCUGGUAAAUGUCCUUCACCAGGUGACAACAUUCCAGAAUUUGGAGGUGUAUGUCACAUGAACUUUAGCAGUGGACCUGCCAAAGGAAAAUUUUGCUGGGAUAGACAACCAGAAUGGAGUGCAUAUAGAGAGAGCAGCUUCGGGCACGGGAUACUGGAGAUGGUAAAUUCAACUCAUGCGUUGUGGACUUGGCACCGCAAUCAGGAUAUUUAUCGUAAAAACAGUCAUGGUGAUCAAAUAUACAUAGUAGGACAACCUCAUACUUGCUCUGUUGACUCAAAGACAGGAUAGCAGGUUGAGUCCAUC